AAAAAUCUUUUAAACAAGAAGCUGAGCUCUCAUUUAGAACAUAUUUGGAUAGGUUCAGUGACAUUACUGUUUUUACAAGCUGUGCAAAGGUUGACCGUCAAUGCCUGGUGCUUACAGAACCUUUUCUUCGCUUUGCAGGUUUUCAUCUCCGUGAACUGCUUAAGCACAGAUUUCUCUUCUCAGAAAGGUGUGAAGGGGUUGCCUCUGAACAUUCAGAUCGACACCUAUAGCUAUAACAACCGCAGCAACAAGCCUGUGCAUCGGGCAUACUGCCAGAUCAAAGUCUUCUGUGACAAGGGAGCUGAACGGAAAAUCAGGGAUGAAGAACGAAAACAAAGCAAAAGAAAAGUUUCUGAUGUCAAAGUACCGCUGCUUCCCUCUCACAAACGAAUGGAUGUCACGGUUUUCAAGCCCUUCAUUGACCUCGACACGCAGCCUGUGCUCUUCAUUCCUGACGUGCACUUUGCCAGCCUACAGCGGGGCGCUCACGUCCUUCCCAUUGCCUCAGAAGAAUUGGAGGGUGAAGGGUCUAACUUGAAAAGGGGACCUUACGGCUCGGAAGACGAUUUUGUGGUCCCUCCUCCUGCUAAGCUGAGCCGGGUAGAAGAACCAAAGAGAGUGCUGCUCUAUGUGCGAAAGGAGUCGGAAGAAGUCUUCGAUGCCCUGAUGCUCAAGACUCCAUCUUUGAAAGGCCUGAUGGAAGCUAUCUCAGACAAAUAUGAUGUUCCCCAAGACAAGAUUGGGAAAAUAUUCAAGAAGUGUAAAAAAGGGAUCCUGGUGAACAUGGACGACAACAUCGUGAAGCAUUACUCCAACGAAGACACCUUCCAGCUGCAGAUCGAAGAGGCCGGGGGGUUGUACAAACUCACCCUCACCGAGAUCUGAGGGCGCCCCGGCCCACGACUCCCAGCGAGCUCAGGGAAGCGGUCACGUGGGCCUUUGGGUUGGCAAGCCGCAGGUUCCCCGGUCGGCCACCUUCCAAACAGGGGUGGAUGUCAGCGGAAGGGGAACCUUUCCAGUUGGAGAUGGCGCCGCAUUUGGCUUGGAGAUAGCAUUGACUAUAUUGCAUUGGCGUUUUUCAGAUGACAGAGAAAGCAUAUACCACGAUGUUUGAAUUUUCUGAUAUAAAUACUUAGCAUUAAAAGUGAAAACUUUGUUCCAAGAUUUACUAGAUUACCUGGGAACCUUAAGGUAUCUGCUACGUUAUUUAUAAAAAUAUUGUCUCUUCAGUGCUAGCGGGCCUGCUCACUAGUGCGCGUCAGACUCGGUGUAACUAUGACUGCCUCA